UCAGUGCGAGGAUGGACCGGCGUCACGGCGCAGCCAGCGGACGCGUCGUCGUGUGUCGUCGUCGACGGAUGGUGCACCGAGGGUCGGAUUAAUAUCUCGGGGUGACCCCGCCGGGGAAGGGACAUGUGACGCGACGCGACGCACGAACUCGCGGACAAAUCACAAAAGUCUUCCAUUAGCUUAAUCUAAUCUGGUAGCGCGGUUACUAAUCCCGCUCCUCUAGGUCGUCUUCCUAAGUGCUAAGUCUCGAGUUUAUAGAAUUUACGCGUCGCGAGGUAGAGCUUAAGUCUUUUAGCGUUUAAAAGUCUCACGGGAGCAAACGGGCGGUAUCGCGCCGUUCAAUCUUACGGAAGAUAUCGUAUCGAAUGUGAUAACCGAGCGAAAGAAAUCUGCGAAGAUCUCGCGCAAGUUUCGUUCAAAUAUAUAAUAUAAUAUAAUAUCGAAAAGUAUCUAUUACAUUUCGCCCCGGUGAUGAGUGAAAAAAAAAUCGGCAAGAUUAGAAGAAUCGUGCAUUUUACUGGAACGAACUGUAACGUAGAUACGUAUAGAGAAUAACAGAUGUCGAAUGUCGGUUGAGUGAUCCUGAGUGAGAAGAAAACUUGAAGAAAAUUACAUUUUGAUCGUAUAUAUUUCAUUAGACUAAUAAUAUUAAAUACACGCGGAGAAGAUAUCGUAUAUCGUGUAUUAAUUAAACAUUGGUGAUCUUAGAUGAAGAAAUCUCUGGGAAGAGACUUAUUAGACAGAACGGACGGACUGUUAAUCAAGAAGAUCAACAUUUGCAACUUUGGAAUCUGAAUUUUUACAACGUACAUCGAAAUAUACGUGACAUAGAAAUAAUUCGACUACCUUAACUGGAAAGAAGAGAGGACCAUAAAGAAAGAUAAGAGAAAUUCACCGAGAAAAGAGAAGCAAAAGUGGGGAGCUAAAAUUCCUCGACGAGUUUUACAAAAAGGUCUUGAUUUGUGCAAAGUGCACAUAUUGCACACCCGUCUUUCUCUCGCGAUUUUCACUUCGUCGAGGAAACAUCAAAAGAGACUAGAUAGAAAUAUUGUAUCUUCUGAUUCACAUAUCUCCACUCCUACAAUUAGAAGAAAUAUAAAAAGUUUUUUCUACGAAAUCCAUGUGUCUCCAAGACGUCGACUGCGACGAAGUCGACGGUACGUCGCUAAAAAAAAGCGUGCUGCUUCAGCUUGACAAGAAAGAAGCACGGCGAUAAUCGUGUGCCUGAUCCGAAGUCUUCCUGAACUUAAGAUGCGUACAGCAACUUCUUCAACGCGAGGAUUUACAUAUCGCUAUAUUCUUCCACGAUCGUAUGGAAUAAGAAAACAACGUUUAACAGUCCAAGCGUGAACGAUAAUGAUAAUAAAAUAAUACGUCAUAAAUAUAUAGACGAUAAUAAUUUAUUCCUGAUAAUAAUAGCAAGUUAAGAGCGUAACACAAUAAAUGGUUAAUAAUAAAUCCAAUAAAACGUAACAAUAAGUAAAGAUAGAAGUCUAUAAGGAAUAUGAAGUAAAAGAAACAUUUGUAAUAUCGUGAAACCGGGAUCCGAGAAUACACGGAUAUGAGAUGAUGAGAGUCGCUUGAAGAAUAUCAAAGUGGAACGACGAGUAAGGAAAGGGAGAGAGACGGAACUCGUUAUUGUAAUCAUCAUCAUCAUCGUUGCCGUCGCAGUACGAUUGUUCUAGCUAGAAAAGCCGGGACAACGGGUACAAAAGGCACCAGCGACGGCAACUGAGAAGGAAGAGAGAGAGCUAUUAUCUUCGCUUGCGAUCUUCCCCUUGCAUCCCUUCUGUUUCCUGCGUGAAGGGAUUAAGCGUCGUAGAGCUACUUGCGCAACGUGGACCAACCGACGGAGCGUCUCGAAUUUAAUUAGCGGUCUGAAUUUAUUAUGCCAACAUUAUUCACCAUCUUCUUUAUUUUAGGUAGUUGAAUAAAAAAACGGCGAAGAAACGAGACACGCAGGAACACUCGAGAUAACUAUAUCGACCAUUAGAAUUGGAAGAGGAUAGAAGUCGAAGAGAAAUUGCGGCACGGAAUAUACCGUAAUCGGCCUGCGCAAUCAGCGAUUAUUAACUACGAUUAAAAAUACGUCUUUCACGAAAGACUGAUAAUUAUUUCACACUACAGUACGAAGCGCAAGGGAGAACAAUUUUUAUUUCUAAAAAUAAAAAUAAAAAGAUAAAAUUCUAUUCUCAAUCUACGGUCAGAAAUAGCGCUAAGAGUAAAAGACGACAAAAUCCUGGGAAGGACUUUCGACUCGAAAUUGGACCGGUUGUCAGAGAUUAAUAUACAAUCGUCCUAUAAGCACUACAUUAGAUUGCGUCAGAGAAGAUUCUUCGAGGGAAAGGAUCUCGGAGAAAUCCUCAUUCGUCGCUGCAUCCGAAUUUUGAGGAAUGGCAAUGUCGGCAACGGUGUCACCGGCGAAACCCGCGCGCGGACGUGGCCCGGCCGACGGCCGGGCCUUCUUCGAGACGCUGUGGCGAGGCGGCAACUUCCUGCUGGACCGGCAAAAGGUGCUGAAGCGCUCGCGCAAACGCAAAUUGUACUACGCGGCGGCUAAUAACGGUGGCAAGAGGAAGCAGCAGCAGCAACAGCAACUGCUGCAGAUGCAGCGCCAACACUGCUGUUGCUGCCAGCGCAUUCAGCUGCACCUGCUCGCCGAACGGCGAAGCAACAUGCGCUCCGUCGUCAGCGUGCGGGAGACCCACCAGAUCGCCGAGGCACAGCAGGAGAAGAAUGCGAAGCUGCGCGAGGCGUUCGGCAUCUCCGAGUUCUUCGUCGAGGGCAGUAGCUUAGACCCGGAGCGGCACGCGCGCGAGGCGGAGGCGCGAGCCGCCGCCGCCGCCGCGAGCAAGGUCUACGAGCUGGUGCAUACACCGAGCCCGGAGCCGCCGGCGUUGAUACCGGAAGCGAUCGCCGCCACAGCCACCGAGAAGAAGAAGCGGAAGCGUUCCGGCAGCGCGAGCGCGGGCAAGAAGAAGAAGGCGAAGAAGCACAAGCGGGAAAGAUCCGAAUCUCCCAAGUCCGGUAAGAAGAAAGAAAAGUCCAAGAAGAAGAAGAAGGAGAGGAAGCACAAAAAGGCCGAGGCCACGUCGUCCGACAGCGACUCCAGCGAGGAUUCCGAUGACAGCAACUCGUCCGAGGCUGAAUCGAAGAAGAAGAAGAAGAAGAGAAAGAAAAAGCUCAAAGUCGACGGAAAGGACAAGCAUGAGAAGAAAAAGACCUCGACUAAACGGAAACGUCAGUCAUCCGAAAGCUCCACGGACAGCUCCGUGGAAAGACCGAAAAAAUCGGUGAAAUAUGAGAAAAACACCGUUGUGGAGAAAGCGUCGAGAAAUGAAGUUCCCGAAAGUACCGUGAUCUCGCGAGAACCACUUCCUCCUCGAUCGAUUCGAUCACCGAAGCGAGAGGCAUUUUCUCGAGCAGCAAUAUCUCGGAAUGAGACUCCGCCGCUACCACCGUCAACUGUUACUAAAACGAAGAAAGAUUCGCCGAAGAAGAGCGUGGCGGAGAAGCGGGAUAAAUCGCCGGUGAACCACAACAGGAGUCCUGCUCCAUCGUCAAACAGGCGACACAAAUCAUCCUCCAGAAGCAGAGGUGAUAGAGGCGACAGAAACGAUAGAGACAGGGAUAGAGACAAAGAUAGAGAUAGAGAUAGAGGAGGAGGAGGAGGAGGAGGAGGAGGAGGAGGAAGAUCUCCCAGGAGAUAUUCGAGGUCUCGUCGCGCGAGUCCGUCUCCCAAACGAAAACGAGGAUAUUCUAGAUCACCCAGAAGACACGGCAGACAUUCUCUGUCCAGGAGCAGAAGCCGCUCCAAGUAUGAUCGUUACGGAUCCUCCCGCAGGAGACCUGUGUCUCCACCGGCGAGACGCAGAGAGUCCGAUUCUCGUCGAAGAUCACGCUCGGCGAGGCGACAACAACGUCGGCGAUCCCGAUCGCGCUCCACCUUGAGCUAUUCGCCGGUUAGAAAGAAUCCAGAGCGCUACAAGGACAUUCUGGAAGAUCGUAAGGGACGGCGGGAUCAGAAGAAGAAAACUAAGGGCGACAAGGCUAAGUCGCGCUCGACAUCGAGAAGCAGGAAAACGCAGCAGAUAGCGGUCGCGCCUAGAGUGAGUCUGAGAUCGUCGAGCGAGGAUGAAGCCGAUCUGGCCGACGACGAGCCCAGGAAGCAGCAGCAGCAGGAGGAAGACGAAGAAAGAAGGAUUAUUGAACUGAACACAUUGAAACGACUGCAGAGUGGCCUGGCGGCGAAGGCGCGGGAGACGCUGGAGAAGAAGGUGAUCAGUCCCACGAAGAUCAAGAUUGAGAGGCGGGAAGAUGUGUUAAAUAUCGCUCUACCGAACGAACCGCCGAAAACCAUUGCGCAGAAUUCGACUGUACCGAUUCGAGACAGAUCCGCGUCAAAGGAACCAGUUAUACAGGCUUUACCGGUUAUACAGUCGCCGGUGUCCAGCAGAUCGCCCUCGCCGGCUCUACCUCUCACCCGAGAGGAGGCGGCGAUUAAGAUUAGAUCGCCAAGCGAGUCACCACCACCGCUGCCGUUGCCUCAGCAAUCCUUCGAAAAAGUCGAUUCCGCGUCUCCUGGUAUGAAGACCAAGACAAAUAGUCAAUUUUCGAGAUCGCCAAGUUCCUCCGGCAAAAAAGACUCGCCGCCAAUCGCGUCUUCGAAGAAAGAUGCCUCGAAGAGGGAGUCGUCCUCUCGUUCUCCUACCGCGAUAAUGAUAUCCAGAGAGGAUAAUGUGAUAAUGAAACUGCGUUCGCCCAGCGAGUCACCGCCCCCUUUGCUGAACAUCCCGUUAGCCAGAUUGAAUCGGCGCUCGAGAUCGCCAAAGAAAAGCAAAUCGUACUCCAGAUCGGCAUCGAGAUCAUGCACAAGAUCGCCGUCCGUCGUGGACAAAGUGAGGUCUUCCAGAUCGCCGUCCGGGGACAAGAAGUCGCGGUCCCGUUCGCGAGGCAAGAAAUCAUCGGCAUCGCCCGGACGACGAUCGACCUCCCGAUCGGCCUCUAGAGCGAAGAAAUCGUCGCCGAAGGUGAGAACAAAACAGCAGCGCUCGCCUCGAUCGAGAUCUACUUCGGUGGAAUCAAAGCGCUCGAGCGCGUCGAGAUCGCCCUCGAGGUGUAAGAAGUCCGCUUCGCGAUCCAGAAGCAGAAAUCGAUCGUUAUCGAAGAGGAGAUCGCGCAGCCGCUCUUCCCUGUCAAAGAAGUCCAGGAGUAGAUCGUUGUCGAAGAAAAGAUCACACAGCCGUUCUCUAUCGAAGAAAUCCAAGAGUCGCUCGCGAUCGGCAUCGAGAGUGUCCAGAGACAAGGACAAGCGCAGUCAUAGUAGAAGCAGUUCACGUUCCUCCGUUAGCUCGAGGCAUAGUCGAGGUAGAAGUUUUUCCAGUUCAUCGAGAUCGUCAAGUAGUGUCUCCAGUCGAUCCUCCCGCUCCACCUCCAGCAGCUCCGCCUCCAGUAGAUCACGCUCACCGUCGAUACCUCGGCGUCACGGUUCACCCAGCUUCCUGGACAGACGACGUAUCACGAGCGCGAGGAAACGUCCGAUCCCGUAUCAUCGACCAACUCCAACACCACCCUCGUCGCCAAGCAGUUCCGAGAGCAGCAGGCAUAGCAACUGGUCCAGUCCGAGUCAUCGAUCCAGCUGUUCCGCGAGUCGUAGUCCGUCUUACACUCGUUGAGAAAGACGCGUAUUGAAUUCCUAUAAUAAGGAAUCGACGUUCCUUCUUCGUACACUAGACUCAGAGCGGUGUGUAAUUCGAUCCUUUACAACCUGAAGGGGAUCACCGUGUCCCGCUAAUCAAUUCCCGAGAUAUUAAUUUAUAAACCAUUCAAAUAUAUAUUCAAAGCUAUAUUAAUUUAGAGAAUUAUAGUUGUAAAUAUUAAUUUAAAAAUGAAAAUUCAGGUCAUAGAGGAUUGAAGAGUGUUCCAGAGCGGAAGUUUAAUAAUGUCUGUUAAGUUUUCCGAAAGGAGAGAUUGCACGGAAGUAUUCCAUAGAUAAAUGGAUACGUUAUACAUUACGAAACUAAGAAAUCGAUCUUCGUUAGCAAUAAUUUCGAAUCAUUGAUUUAUCGUGCUGUUCAUUCGAUUGAAUUUCACGAGGAAUAACGCUAUGUCCGUACUUUCAGUCAAUUUUGAGAUACCCUGUAUAUGAAUUGUACACGAUAUUAAUUAAUUCUAACGACAACAGUCUAAAGAUCUAAAGAUCUUUGAAAGACUGAGUCGACUUUCAGAUAUUUUUACGUUUAUAGGAAAAGAGAUUAUUUAUAUGUUAAUUUUAUGAACUUAAGGUUUUUGAUUUGCAAUCAGGAUUACCUAGAAAUCCAAGGGCGGCUGUUAAUUACCAGAAUUAAUAUUAUUAUUAUUAUUUGAAAGGUAUUUAAUUUCAUUCAAUUGAAAUUAAUUUCGAAUGGAAACGCCAUUCCGAGCAAAGUGUAUAGUUACAAAUCUGAAUAUGCAUUUAUUUAUUUUUUUGAUAAUUCAACAAGACAUUACUUAA